AUGCCGACCAACCCACAUCCUCUCUCGACCUCGUCGUCUCUCCGGGACUUGCACAGCCAGCCUGAGGCCGCGUCAAGACCGAGCGAUCGAUACGGCGGACACGAGGAGCACCAAACAGCUGCAGAGCCGCAUCCGCGGGAAGUACACGCCUCUCCGAUACAUGAUGAGAGCCCCAUACACGAUGCCCCAGAUGUCCACGAUGUCCCCGAAGAGGGUGUAGAGCAACGCUCCACACCAGGAUUUCAGCCCUUCUUCACUCUAGUUGAAGACGCCCACACAUCAGACUACCACCACCCGACAGUACACUACAUCUUCUCCGACGAUGACACGGACAUCGUAACAGAGGCCGCACUCCGCAGUCUAGAAGCCCAACAAACCGAAACCAACAAAGAUCAAGUCCACAAAUCAGCCGAGUCGGAAAAAUCAACCCUGCUCCCACCUCCAAUCCCGGGAGUCCGCGAGAACUACAUCGUGCUAGACGUCGAACCAGUCCACACAAACACAAGCACAAACCCAACCCCAACCCCAACCUCUGCACCGAAUCCAGGGAUCAGUGAGAUGAAACCACAUACAUUAAGCCAGUCGCCAGGGUCGAGCGUACCCCAGUUCCGGGUAGUCAGCGCCAAGAGUUUCUCUCCGAGCUGGCAGGUCCUCAGCAGUGAGAUCGUAGCGGCGCCGACAUUCGAGAAUGGGAAUGGGAACCCAGGUGAUGCGGGGCAUGGGUUCAUGUUGAAGAUUCGUGGGACGGAUGGGUUAUCUGGGGAGAUUGCGCGGGAGAGGGGGACGCAGAGGUUGGAGGAUAUGAUGGAUCAGUUUGCGAAGAGGAUGCGGGAGUUGCAAAUGAUUAUUGAUACGGCGGAAGCUGCGAGUGGAGAGAAGGAGGUUGGGGACGAGGGGGCUGAAACGAAGGAGGUGGAGGAGUCUUGA